AUGACCUUCGAAUAUUCGCGGGAUCGUGUCAAGAUGGUAUACACAAUUCGCUGCGACGUGGAGUCUGUCAACGUCGACAGCCUUGACCAGGACUUCAAAACAGAAAACUGUGUCUAUCCACGUGCCUGCUGCAGCAAAGACCAAUACCGCGGGAAUCGUUUUCUCUACGAGACCGAAUACAAUGCAGUUGGCUGGGCGCUGGCCGAGUUAAACCCGAUGCUACGGGGUAAACGAGGCCUUAUACAACGCGCUGUUGAUAGCUGGCGCUGCAUGGAUCCGAGACUUCGCACUAGCUGUGUGCGUCGACAGCAUAAGAUGAAUCGCAAGAAGGACACCACCUCCUGA